AUGGCCGCUUACACCCUGGAGAGCGCGGCUGUGAGGUGCAGCGACACCCUCAGCCUAUUGGUCUCGCCCGAGGUGGCGGAAUUCUGCAGGUCAAAGUCGGAAAAGUACGGGCCAGGACUGAGUGGCGCCCUCUUUGGCGUUGGUGUCUGGUUCUGGCUGGAUGCUGUUGCCAUCAGCCCCAUCAAGGUGCCCUUCUCUCAGGCACGUCGGGGGUCGUAUCUCCCUGGACUGGUGGCGGUCCUCGCCUUGCUCAUGAUCACGGCUGUCAGGAGGGACGAGAUAAGUUACGAUCCCUUCAGCGAUGACGGCGUGUACUGUCGGUCGCGGUCCUGGCUGCUGGCGGCCUACCUCGUCUCCUCUGGAGCCGUCACAGGCUCAGUGUUUGUCAUGCUGCACCACUUUGGCAGCAGUGCUCAAGACACCCGAUGGGUCGGCAUAGCGAGUGUGCUGGAGGUGGCAUGCAUCCUGGGCAGCGCCCUCCUCUUCUUCGUGUCGAGGUCGCCUGGUGACGAGGGUGGCUAUGACGCAUACUAG